GAGCAUCUCCCGGGCUGCGGGCGCUGCCAGCGCUGCCGCCCGCCCCAGCCCAGCACCGACCCCGCCGGGCGCACUGCGGAGGGACGGGACGGGGCAGUGCGGGGGUCCCCCCGCUGCCCCCCGCCGCCAUGGGCCCCACCGGGCUCGGCAUAACUUUCCUGACUUUGCCCCUCGUCGUGCGAGCGGCCGCGGGAGGGCAGUGGUGUUACGACUCGCAGGACCCCCAGUGUGGGCCCAGCCACUGGAAGGAGCUGAAAGCCUCAUGUGGUGGCAACAAGCAGUCCCCUGUGAACAUCGACAGGCGCCAGCUGCGGCGGGACAGUGGCCUCGGGGACAUCCUCUUUGAGGGCUACGACCAGGCUCCCCCUGGCAAGUGGAGGCUGACAAACAAUGGGCACACAGUGAUGCUGAGCCUGGCGAGCGAGUCGGCCUCUGAGCACAUCACCAUCAGCGGCGGGGGCCUCCCCGGCAGGUACCGCGCGCUCCAGCUCCAUUUCCACUGGGGCAGUCCAGCUGGGAAUGGCUCUGAGCACACCCUUGAUGGGCACCAGCUCCCCAUGGAGCUGCACAUCGUCCACAUGAAUGUCAAGUACCGGACACUGGCAGAGGCCAAGGGGCAUCCCAACGGGCUGGCUGUCCUCGGCUUCUUCUACCAGGUCUCUGACACUCCUAACACCAACUACAACACCAUUGUGGUGGGGCUGAGAAACGUCUCCCAUGCUGGGGACUCCGUGGAUUUGGCCUCCACCUUCCGCCUAAGCACACUGCUGCCGCGUGCCAGCCGGCUCUCCGGGUACUACCGCUACCAGGGCUCCCUCACCACCCCUGACUGCAGCGAGGUCGUCGUCUGGACUGUCUUCGAGGAGCCAGUGGAGAUCGGCCGGGAGCAGCUGCAGGCGUUUGUCA